AUGUCGAGCGACGAUAGUGAUAGUGAUGUGGAAAUGGAAACCAAGCCAACCUCCUCGAAAAAUAAUGCCAAGGAAAAGGUAGACGAAGGAAAACCUAAGCGCAAACGUUUGCAGGAUUACCUGGAUGAAAAGGCAGCCCUGGAAGUAGCUGAACGCGCGAAAGAGUUACUGCGUUUACGCCGUCGAAGAGGCCUUGCCGAUGAUGAAGAAGAUCCACAGGAGACCACAUUUCCCGUGAUUAAUCCGAUAAAUUUUGUGAAGAAUAAAGAAAUUCGUCACAAGCGCUUCAAGCGGCUUCAGACCACGAAGAGAAAGGAGGAAAAAGUAAACAAGAAGACGCGUAAAUUGGAAGGCAUACCGUCUGCUCCGACCCAUACGAUCGAAACAUUGCGAGAGAAGGAUGUUACGACGGUGACCAACAUCGAGGGAGAAGAACAGGCUGAAGUGAUGAACGAUCUGGCAAACGAUGAAUUUUGUGAAUAUUACAAGAAGAGCUACACACCGCGGGUGAUGAUAACGUUCAACGCGACACCGCAUAAUGUUACCCGUGAGUUCGCUUCCUUGCUGCGUAAAAUGAUCCCGAAUGCGUCUACAUUUAGACGUAACAAAACACAUCUGAAACGGGUCUGUAAAAGCGCUAUACGCGAAAACUUUACGGACAUUUUGGUGGUGAAUGAGAAUAGAAAGAAACCGGAAGGUUUGCUUCUAAUUCAUCUUCCCGAAGGACCAACGGCACAUUUUAAAAUUAGCAAUUUCAAGGGCAUGAAAGACUUGAAGCGUAAAGAUACGGACAUUACGACCCACCGGCCGGAGGUGAUUUUGAACAAUUUUACAACUCGCCUUGGAUUGACUAUCGGUCGAAUGCUGGGAGCAUUGUUCCAUUACGAACCAGAGUUUCGCGGGCGACGAGCCGUAACAUUUCACAACCAACGCGAUUACAUUUUCUUCCGGCAUCAUCUGUACGAAUUCGAUAAGAACGGAAAACGCGUAAAGCUACGGGAACUGGGGCCACGUUUCACGUUGAAACUCCGAUCCCUGCAGGUGGGAUUGUUCGAUGGCAAAUGUGGUGAUUACGAGUGGAUGAUCACAAACAAACGGCACCAGAUGGAAAGCCGACGAAGAUUUUUCCUCUAG